UAUAUAUAUAGGUAUCAAUAACUUUUACCUACUUGACAGUCAAUCUAACGCAUUUAUAAUUUGUGUCCAAAGUUUAGUUUACUUAUUAACUUAUCUUCGCCGUUACAUGUGAACUGUGGAAAUUGUAGUUAUGUACAAUUUAAUUUAAAUAAGUUAAUUAAAAUUUUAGUUUCCAUUUAAUCAAUCGCUUAUUGUUGUUGAAUUUAAUAAAAAAUGGAACAAAGUAAAUCAUUACCGGUUACCGACGAGCAACUUGCCCAAUAUUUCCCGAAUUUACCUUCUGGACCUUUGGACAGAUAUAGAAAAAAUGUUAAAUUUGACUGGCGCCGUAUGAAACUCAUUUAUGAAAAUUUGAACACAAUUUCUUUAAAAAAUGAAAUAUGGACAUUUAUGGAAAAUCAUCCAUUAUUCAAAUAUACAGAUGCAUCGCUUACUUUAGAUGAAGAAAGACAUAUAACUGUCAAAAGAAUGUAUGCUAUAUUUAAUGAAGACUUUACUCCAUAUGAAAAAAUUUUUGAAGAUCCCAAACGAUUCCAAGCGGAAGCUGAGGCUAUAUUUAUGUUUGACAGUUCCUUAGCAGUUAAAUUAUCAUUGACAUUUCGGUUGUUUUUUAACUCGAUACAAGGGAAUGGCAGAUCACACCACUUCGAGAUCUUGGAUGACCUUAAAGAUGGGAAAAUUGGGGGUUGUUUUGCAUUGACGGAGGUGUCCCACGGUUCAAACGCCAAAGGUAUGAGAACGACUGCCACAUACUUGCCGGAUAAGAAACAAUUUGUGCUAAAUUCACCCGAUUUUGAAGCUGCCAAGUUCUGGGUCGGAUGUCUUGGUAAAUGUGCUACCCAUGCCAUUUUAUAUGCCAAACUGAUAUCAAAAGGUAAAGAUCACGGGCUGCACACCUUCGUCGUGCCUAUAAGAGAUCCAAAAACACUGAAACCAUACCCAGGGGUUAUUGUUGGCGACAUUGGCGAGAAAAUCGGACUCAAUGGUGUUGAUAAUGGAUUUGUAAUCUUUGACAACUAUCACGUACCGAAGGAGGCCGCUUUGGAUAAACUGGGUGGCGUCGACGAUGACGGCAAUUAUCGAACGCCAUUCAAGGAUCCCAGUAAGAGAUUUGGUGCCGCUAUGGGCAUAUUAUCUGGUGGUCGCGUACACAUAACAAGCAUUAUAACAACAUACCUACAGAAAGCGAUCGUGAUUGCCAUCAGAUACUCCGGUGUGAGGAAGCAGUUCGGACCGGAGAACUCAACUGAGGAGCUGCCAGUCUUGGAAUAUCAACAGCAACAAAUAAGACUGCUCCCGUACUUGGCUGCUACGUAUGCAAUGAAGGUGUUCUCCUGCUGGCUCGGGGAGACCCAUAUGAAUAUGGUUAUAGCAAACAUUAUGGGUGGCAACGACGAGCUGGCUGCACAGCGCGGCGUGGAGAUGCACGCGCUGUCGUCGGCCGCGAAGCCGGCGCUGGGCUGGACGGCGCGCGACGGCAUACAGCAUUGUAGGGAGGCGUGCGGCGGACACGGCUACCUGAAAGCGGCUGGCAUAGGUGACAUCCGUAACGAUAACGACGCCAACUGCACGUACGAGGGCGAGAACAGCCUGCUCGUGCAGCAGGCCAGCAACUGGCUGCUCGGCGUGUGGGCGCGCCGCCGCCAGCUCACCGCCGACGACUCACCGCUCGGCACCCUCGGCUUCCUGGACAACGUGGACCAACUGCUGCAGGAGACGUGCCCCUGGAACACCAUUGAGGAUAUCAUAGAACCCACCAAUAUCAUUCACAUGUACAAAUGGCUGACUGCGUACACCCUGAAGUCGACGUACGAUAAAGUGGCCAAACUGAAGAGCGCUGGCAGAGACAACUUCCAGGCGAAGAAUGAAUCGCAGGCGUACAAUGCUGUCGCUUUAUCCGUUGUUUAUGGAGAGAACUACGUACUAAAUAAUUUCUACAGCACCGUGAAGAAUUUCCCAGACGCAGCGUGUAGGAAUGUUCUACUGAGGCUGGUUUCGCUGUAUGGUGCUUUCAUAUUGGAGAAGCAACUGGCGACACUGUAUAUUGGAGGCUACUUCUCAGGGACACAGGGUCUACUCCUCCGCGAAGGUAUCCUACGAUUGUGUGCCCAAGUGACGCCGGACGCGGUCGCGCUCGUGGACACACUAGCGCCACCUGACUGGUGCCUCAAGUCCGUUCUGGGGAAAUCUGAUGGCGAGGCAUACAAACACAUCCAGAGCAGCGUGAUGACGUACCCUGGUGCCCUAGAGCGGCCGCACUGGUGGCGCGACGUGGUCUACUGGCGUUCAUACACGCCCGCCAAACUAUAAUCACGACCAUUAUAACCGGCAGGGGGCGCCAGGUGGCGUACUUGUACCACUUGGUAAUUUCUAAAAUAAAUAUAUAUUAUUACCAGUGAAGGAAGAGGUAGACGAAGUCAAGUCUGUUGGCCUGUUGGUAUUCACCAGAAAUUAAGUACAAUGGUUUUCAGGAGGGAUCACGUCGAGGCCAACCUUACAGGGUAUAUAUUGUUAACUACAAUUUUCCCUUAAAAUCUCCACAAAUCUAUGGUGCUAAGAACAAUAAUAUGUAUCUAGUUAUAUUUGUAAGGUUUUACCAGAGGGAGACUUGGUACAAAAGUCGAUUGCUUAGGUACCUCUGUCCCAUUCGUGUUUCAACUGUGGAGCAGUUGUGUUUGCAUGGCUGUGUUUCGGUUUGAAGGGUGGGAUAUGGCGUGAAUUUAUUGGGUACAGAGGAAUAACACCUGAGUCCUCAGGAAUGGCAACGCAUGAGGGGUAUCAUGGGCGAAAUAGUGUACUCUGUUAUGUCCAUAGUACUGCUCAUGUCUAUCGGUGACGGUCACCACUUUCCAUCAGGUGGGCCGUCAGCUUGUUUGCCAUUCUAAGUUGUAUAAAAAAAAAUUGUUAAUUUUUUUAUUAAUUGUUAUCAAUAUUUACUAUUAUUAUUGGUAUUGAAAAUAAGAUUUUUAACAAGUGUACUGACAAAUGUAUGUCAUACGAAUGUCAUGUACCUACUAUAUUUCUUUCUUAUCAAUGGUUUUUCGUUAAAUAAUAAAAUUUUAUUGCCUAAGGAAAUUGUUUCACCAAUUUCUUUAGAUUAGUAAAAUUUUUUGGUCCUUCGGGCCAGAUUAUACAAAAUGAAGGAAAUUGAUACUUGCGUAUAAUUCUUUAUGCUUUAGUUUCCAACUAAGCUUAUACUAUUUGGUGCUUAGUUGAUACUACUAAAUAACUGAUAGAAACAUUUAUUCAUAGGUUUUUUUUUUAAGUGACGAAAUACUCCAAUGCUUUAAGAGGUUUAUAAAAGGUUUAAUUUUUAUGGAUGAGACUGUUAGAAUGUAAUAUCAUAAUGUAUUGUGUAAACCAUAGUAAAGUGACUUAAAAUAUGGGCAUAAUACAUAGAUAGCAAAUAACGCGUGAAGCUUGAGGCUAAUGUAGGAACGAAUUAACUGGCCUUUUCGGGUAUGCGAAAUGCUAGCUACUUUUCUCUGUAAGUGUGCUUAAUCUGGUUUCCAUAUAAAACUUAUAAAAUAAAAGGAGUCCCAUAACAUUACUGCUGAUUUUGACCACCGUACAACUCACCACAAACUAAAGUUCUAUCCCAACCAUCUGAACGAGUGGCGGUCUUUCACUGUGCGUAAAAGAUAGUGUCAUUUCAAGGCACUAUCUUUCACGCACCACCAUUCUUGGGAAUCAACUUCCAGCAGCACUAUUUCCAAACCGAUACGACAUCGUAACCUUCAAGAAAAGAGCAUAUUUCUUUCUAAAAAGCCGGAAACACUUGCAAUGGUUUUGGCGUUGCGGGUGAUCAUCGGUGGCGGUAGUCACCGUUAGAAGAGCCGCAUACUCUUUUACCCCUGUGUUAUAAAAAAAAAACACCGAUAAAGUUAAAAUCUUAUUCUACAUUUUAUUUUUUUUAUUGAAAUUUAAUUAUGUUCCAUAUUUAAAUAUCAAAAUUGUUUAGGACUUAGUGAUUGACGUAAUAGGAUUCGUUACAUUUGUCGAUUUUUAAGAUCGAGUCAGAUUGUUGCUAUAGUAAAAUUAGUUUGAACUUGGGCUCAAAGUUUACUUAAAUUUUAUAGUAUUUAUAAAGAAGUAUAAAUUUUGGAAAUAUAAUCAAAGAAUACAAAUCAAAUAAGUUCACUGAAAGUAGAGAGAAGUGGCAAUUGUUCAAAUUUUAUAUAUUAUUAAUCCAUGUUUUGUUUCUUUCAUAUUGUUGUAACAAUUUAUCGAUUGUUGGAUAUGUAU